AGAAACGUUUCAGGCUUGAAGAUAUAUAUUAGAACGUACAAAAUCUUUUAUUUUAUUUUUAUUUUUUUCUUGUAAAGCCCUCGAUUCGAAAUCAAAAUCGCAAUGCCUAAAUUACCAAUUGAAAGUCAAGAGGGUACCAGCAAACAAUCCUCAAAGAAACGAAGAAUGCGACGUUUGAGAUCACCUUAUACACUCUUUCAAAGACGAGGCAAGGGAAAGUCAGGACAAAAGAAUGCAGGGUUGCGGAUUGGAUUUGCUGUAGUUGGGUGCAUAAUUGGCUUGAUUGCAUACAUAGUAACACCCUUACAGAUUCAGACAGCAUAUGAUAGAUUAACAGGCCGAACAGUUCCAGAUUGCUUCAAGUAUGCUAUAAUGAUUGAUGCUGGCUCGGCGGGUUCACGCAUUCAUGUCUACCAAUUCCACCAAUGUAUUCGGUCGGAUCCAAUUCGUCUCCACAACGAAACCUUGUUUGCACAGACAAUCCCAGGACUGUCCGCUUAUGCCGACGUUUCCCCCCAAAAGGCAGCCGAAUCAUUGGAUAUUCUUUUAGAUCAGGCUGUGAGCGUAGUACCAAAAAGUCUGCAGGCCAAGACUCCAUUGUCGGUAAAAGCGACGGCUGGUCUUCGGUUAUUGGGUAAUACGAAGAGUGAAGAGAUUCUAGAGGCAGUGUGGCGAAGAUUGGAAACAACAUACCCUUUUAGGAUUUUAGGUGGUAGUGAAGAUGUGGCAAUAAUGGAUGGUCGGGAUGAGGGUGUGUAUGCCUGGAUUACGGUCAACUUUCUUCUGGGGAAUCUUGAUAAUGGCAAAGAGCGUCGACCUACGGCUGCUGUAUUUGAUCUCGGUGGAGGAUCGACCCAGAUCGUAUUCGAACCUGACUACCUUCCGAAUGGUAGCUUACCGGUUCUGACAGCUGGGGAUCACAAAUAUUCCCUGAAUUAUAAUGGGCGAGACCACAUGUUGUAUCAACACUCUUAUCUGGGAUAUGGGCUUAUGGAGAUGCGAAAACGGAUCCAUGACAGUGUUAUGAAUUCAAGCCCAAAGAAAGACAAAGAAGAAGAAGAAGAAGAAGAAGAAAAGUCUCACGACCAUCCUUGCCUUCCAAGAGACUUGGAAUGGUCUUUCAGAGACACUGUGCGUUUUAUUGGUCAGGGAUCCUAUGAUUCUUGCGAAAACACGGUCAAGAGUGUGAUUAAUAAAGAGGCUGAAUGUCCUGAGAUGCCGUGUUCAUUUGAUGGUGUCCAUCAGCCUCCUCUGGGUGAGACAUUUAAGCACGGUCCUAUUUACAUUUUCUCCUACUUCUUUGACCGCACACAGCCGCUUGGGUUUCCCUUGGAAUUCCGGCUGCCUGAGCUGGGUAGACUUACCAAACAAGUGUGCUCAGGUGCAUUUUUCGAAAAUGUGACGGAUGUGGAGCUGCGGGAAGAGAUGCAAGGCAGACCUGAAUGGUGUCUUGAUCUCACAUACAUGUAUAAUUUGCUGGCACACGGCUACGAGAUCCCUGAUGAUCGUGUAAUCAACAUUGCAAAGAAGAUUGACGGCGUGGAAACAGGCUGGUGCCUUGGUGCUGCCAUAGCCUUAUUGGAUGAUGCAUCGUUGCAUGACGAAACACUUUAGAUGCAACCCGCAUUUUAUUGUUGUUAUUGUUGUUGUUGUUUUUUUUUGUUGGUGUUGUUAUUUAAUAAAUCCAUAUUGUAUUUUGAUGCU